GUGAGCAGAGUCGGGCGGAAGUAGCUGUUUCCUGGUCUGGAGGAGCUGCAAUGGGCAGGAGGGACAAGGCUGAGAGAGACAAGAAGAAAUCUAAGAAGCGCCAUUAUGACGAGGAGGAUGAUGAUGAAGAUGAAGGGCCUGGUGGAGAAUUCCAGGAAGCAGUACCUUCAGCAGCAGGAAAACAGGUCGAUGAGGCGGGUACCAAACAGGAUGAAUAUGGAGCCAAGGAUUAUAGACUACAGAUGCCUUUAAAAGGAGACCAUUUGUCACGUCCACUAUGGGUGGCCCCGGAUGGUCACAUCUUCCUGGAAGCCUUCUCUCCAGUAUACAAAUAUGCACAGGACUUCUUGGUAGCCAUCUCUGAGCCAGUGUGCCGACCGGUCCACGUUCAUGAAUACAAACUGACCGCUUACUCGUUAUAUGCAGCGGUCAGCGUGGGACUGCAGACCAGCGAUAUUAUUGAAUACUUGCAGAAACUGAGCAAGACUGGAGUCCCUGAUGGCAUCGUACAGUUUAUCAAGCUCUGCACAGUCAGUUAUGGAAAAGUGAAACUUGUUCUGAAACACAACAGAUACUUUGUUGAGAGUGCCCACCCGGAGGUUAUCCAGGAACUUCUCCAAGAUGGUGUCAUCAGAAGCUGCCGAUUGCGUACCGCUGAGGGAGAAGAAACAGAGCUAAUCACUGAGACCUUUACCAGUAAAUCCGCUAUUUCCAAGGGGAAUGAGUCUGGCGGCCCCUCGACUUCCCAAGUUCCUGAGUCUCAGGACAAACCUGACAUUCCCACCGACUUGUUUGAAUUCUAUGAGCAAAUGGAUAAAGAGGAAGAAGAGGAAGAGGAGACUCAAACAGUGUCAUUUGAGGUCAAACAGGAAAAGAUUGAAGAGUUGCAGAAGCAGUGUAUCCAUUUGGAGUACCCACUGCUGGCAGAGUAUGACUUCCGAAACGACACAAUGAAUCCAGAUAUUAAUAUUGACCUGAAGCCCACAGCAGUCCUUCGUCCUUAUCAAGAGAAGAGCCUUCGCAAGAUGUUUGGCAAUGGCCGCGCUAGAUCCGGUGUGAUAGUGCUUCCGUGUGGUGCUGGUAAGUCUUUGGUCGGCGUCACUGCUGCCUGUACAGUUCGCAAGCGAUGUCUGGUGCUGGGUAACUCUGCUGUGUCUGUAGAGCAGUGGAAGGCACAGUUUAAGAUGUGGUCUACCAUCGAUGACAGUCAGAUCUGCCGGUUUACGUCUGAUGCAAAGGACAAGCCCAUCGGAUGCUCCAUCGCUAUCAGCACAUACUCCAUGCUUGGGCACACUACCAAGCGGUCCUGGGAGGCCGAAAGGGUCAUGGAUUGGCUCCGCAGCCAGGAGUGGGGGCUGAUGAUUCUGGAUGAGGUGCACACUAUUCCAGCUAAGAUGUUCCGACGUGUUCUGACCAUUGUUCAGGCACAUUGCAAGCUGGGACUAACAGCCACUCUCGUCAGGGAAGACGACAAAAUUGUAGAUUUGAAUUUCCUGAUUGGUCCGAAAUUAUAUGAAGCUAACUGGAUGGAACUGCAGAACAACGGCUACAUAGCAAAGGUGCAAUGCGCUGAGGUCUGGUGUCCAAUGUCUCCAGAGUUUUACAGAGAAUACGUUGCCAUCAAAACAAAGAAGCGAAUUCUGUUCUACACCAUGAAUCCAAAUAAAUUUCGAGCUUGCCAGUUCCUGAUUAAGUUCCACGAAAGAAGGAAUGACAAAAUCAUUGUGUUUGCAGACAAUGUAUUUGCGCUGAAGGAGUAUGCCAUCAAGCUCAACAAACCCUAUAUCUAUGGCCCGACAUCACAGGGCGAGAGGAUGCAAAUUCUACAAAACUUUAAACACAAUCCAAAAAUUAACACGAUCUUUAUAUCGAAGGUUGGUGACACAUCUUUCGAUUUACCAGAGGCAAAUGUGCUAAUUCAGAUCUCAUCGCACGGAGGAUCUCGAAGACAGGAAGCACAGCGUCUGGGAAGAGUUCUUAGAGCAAAGAAAGGAAUGGUGGCAGAGGAAUACAACGCCUUUUUCUAUUCCCUUGUGUCUCAGGAUACGCAGGAAAUGGCUUAUUCCACAAAGAGACAGCGAUUCCUGGUGGAUCAAGGAUACAGUUUCAAGGUCAUUACAAAACUUGCAGGAAUGGAGGAGGAAGAUCUUGCAUUUUCCAGUAAAGAAGAACAGCAGCAGCUUCUGCAAAAAGUUCUGGCAGCCUCUGAUCUCGACGCAGAGGAAGAAAUUGUAGCUGGGGAAUUUGGAUCCAAAUCUUCAUCACAUAUGGCACGCCGUGUGGGCACAAUGAGUUCAAUGUCUGGCGCAGAUGAUACCGCUUACAUGGAGUACCAUACAACACGAAACAAAGGCUCUGGCGGCAAACAUGUGCACCCACUUUUCAAACGGUUCAGGAAAUGAAAAUGUCUUCUUCUUUUUGUUUUUUUUCAUGCGGCCAUCGCAAUAUUCAUCAUGUUAGUCCCGCACCCGUUCCCAUACAGUGCUGUGGAAUUCAGAGCUGCUGCAAUGGGAGGGUAAAUGGUAAUAAAAAUUUCAGAUGUAAAAUCAUGAUUUCCAAGGACAGUAAGAAGAAAAAUAUGGCACCAUCGAUGUACUGUUUUUCUGUUGUACAGUGUUUUCUACACGACAAACGUGUUUAUUUAUUCAGAAAUUGUAGAUAAUACAUUUAUAGAAUGAGAAAAAGAUAUUCCAGAAAGAAAUAGUCCAACCGAUUUUUUUGUUUGUGAAAUGAUUGAUGCAUUUUUUU